AGUGUGAUCCAGCGACAUCUCUGGGUCCGGGCGGCUGCUGCUGCUGCUGCUGCAGGGGGAGGGGAAAGAGCCGGAGCGAGUCCUGCUGCCGCUGCUGGAACAGCCACCAGCAGCGCGCGAGCAGGAGGGAGAAACGAAAGGCGCUUGCAACUUGCACACCGGGAUUCACCUUGCAACCGCUCGCCGAGCCAGCCAAGGUGUGCAAACAGCCGGUGGGAGCAAAGGAGAAAAAGAAAAGAAAAAAGGCUACCAAGAAACUCAAGCGAAGCAGUCAACCCCCACCAUGGUCCAGCAAGCGGAAAGUCCGGAGACGGAGAGCAACCUGCCCAGGGAAGCGAUGGACACCGAAGAGGGGGAGUUCAUGGCUUGCAGCCCGGUGGCGCUGGACGAGAGCGAUCCGGACUGGUGCAAAACGGCCUCGGGCCACAUCAAGAGACCGAUGAACGCCUUCAUGGUGUGGUCGAAGAUCGAGCGGAGAAAAAUCAUGGAGCAGUCGCCGGACAUGCACAACGCGGAGAUCUCCAAGCGCCUGGGCAAGCGGUGGAAAAUGCUGAAGGACAGCGAGAAGAUCCCGUUCAUCCGGGAGGCGGAGCGGCUGCGCCUCAAACACAUGGCCGAUUACCCCGAUUACAAAUACCGACCGAGGAAAAAGCCCAAAAUAGAUCCCUCGGCCAAGCCCAGUGCCAACCACAGCCCGGAGAAAAACACACCCACCAGCAGCACCGGCGGCAGCAAGAGCGCCAAAAGCGCCAGCAAGAAGUGCACCAAAGGGAAGUCGUCGUCGUCCACCUCGUCCUCCUCGGCCACUUCCCCCAAGGCCGGGACCAAGCUGGCCCCCCACCCGGGCGACUACGGCGGCGAGGACUACCCCCCCUUCGGGCCGCUGAAAGUGAGCAGCAAGGCGGUCAAGUGCGUCUUCCUGGACGAGGACGAGGAGGAGGAGGAGGACGACGACGAGCUGCAGCUCCGCAUCAAGCACGAGGAGGAGGAGGAGGACGACGAGGAGGAGCACCCCCACCCGCAGGGCCAGCCGCUGCGGCGCUACAACGUCGCCAAAGUCCCGGCCAGCCCCACCUUGAGCUCCUCGGCCGAGUCCACCGAAGGGGCCAGCCUGUACGAGGAGGUGAGGGGCGGCGCCGUCUCGCACGCGGCCGGCGGCCCCCGGCUCUACUACGGCUUCAAGAGCAUGCCCAAGAGCGGCCAGCAGGCCAGCCUGUCCCCGGCUUCCUCCCGGUCCAUCUCCACCUCCUCUUCUUCCAGCAGCAGCAGCAGCAGCGGCGGCGAAGAAGCGGACGACCUGAUGUUCGAUCUGAGCUUGAAUUUCUCGCAGCACACCCACGCCACCUCGGAGCUGGGCGUCAGCUCGGCCGCGGGGAACCUGUCCCUCUCUCUGGUGGAUAAGGAUUUGGAUUCGUUCAGCGAGGGCAGCUUGGGCUCUCACUUCGAGUUCCCCGAUUACUGCACCCCGGAGCUGAGCGAGAUGAUCGCGGGCGACUGGCUGGAGGCGAACUUUUCCGACUUGGUCUUCACUUACUGAGAGGGAGAGGCGAGAGCCGGCAGAAGGGGGAACAAGCCGCGGGCAGGCGAACAAGCGGGGCGAGAGAGAGAGAGAGAUCAAAAGGACUGAAAAAAACAAGAAGAACAAACCGGUAAAGGAAAGAUGAUGCUAGUGGUAUACGCUUAAAAGUGGUGGAGUUUUGAAGUGAAGUCAAAUGUCUUGGGUUUUCUUUUCUUUCCCCCCCCCCCCUUUUUUUUCAAAAAGCCGAAGUUAGUUCCAAACCGAGUCUGGAGUUGUGAUUCUUUUCCCCUUCUGAUCCCCCCCCCUUUUUGUUUUUAAACUGGUGAUCACAACAAGAGCAGCAAGGAGUAAAGGCAAAUCGGACUGGGUAUUCAAAGAUGCAGAAAGCGCUGUUUGAAGCUUGUCGGUCUUGUGAUUGAAGUCUGGAAGAUGGUCUGCAAAAAACAAAAGUCUUUUGGCAGCACAACUGUUACUCAAGGGGGUUCGUGGAUUUUUGUUUCUCCGACAGAGAUUUUAAAGGACAGUUCUGAUUUUUUUUGGACGUUAUUAAAGGGACCAUUGCAACUUUUUUGUUUGUUUGGAGGGAGAAAACUGAUGUCUUCUAUGCAUCCAAUUCUUAACAAAGCUGCAGGGAGCUUGAAAAAAAAAUGCAGACUGUACAAACGCUUACAAAAAACAAAAACUGUGAACUGACUUAAGAUCAGAGUUUACUUUUCAGAUCAAAUUGUUUAUGGUUUUACAAAUGUGAUUUCUACUUGCCAACUUUUUUUUUGUAACUUGUUCCCUUAUACCUCCUUGAUUGAAUACCAGACAGCCUAGACCUCAGUACACAAAGGUAUUGAAACAUUUUUGAUACAUAACAGACCUCAGUCUUUUUUAAAAAUUAAUAUAUUUUCAGGCGUAUUUUUGUACAGUGAAAGGGAACAUUCUUGCUGUGUUUUUUUCAGUAAGACUUUU